UGUAAAAAACAUUUUGUAACCGCGCCGCCUGUCAGAGAUACUAAACAAAUGACUGGUAGAUUGUGGGUUAACGGGCCGAGCGUUCCAGACAGGGCGGGGCCAUCGGCCGCGAUAGAUUUGAUUGGCUGCCAUUCACAGUGCCAUGGAUUCGGGGUGAGUUCAGUUUACGUGACGCACAAGUAGGGGCGUGUCAUUGGCGAAAUCAGCUGUAGAAACAAUAACACACCAACGAACGCCCCAAAAUGAGAGCUUACCUAUAAAUGUCAGUAAUUUCAGGAGAAAGAGGCAUCUUUGAGAGAGUGAGGUUAGAUGUAGCACAUUUAAUGGUUGAGGUUCUCCACUGCAUUCUGCAAACUUGUUUCAGGGGAUCUCUUUCAGCUCAACAAAGAAAGCUAGUGUGAAGAUGCUGUCUUUGUGUCAGCCGUGACACGCCAGCGAGUUGAACACAAACAGUCGAGAGUUUUUCAGACACGUCUCUGUCAUUUAAAGAUUUGAUUUGAUCUCCUGCACCCGGUUUAACGGGAGCCAGGAGGGAACCACGCGCGGACUGGCAUGUGGGUCAAUUCUGGAAGCGUCGGAAGAUGCAGAGUGACCACCCAAAUCAAGACUACAUUGUAGGCUAUAUCAGCUGGGCCUUCUCCAUGGAUAUAGACACAGAUUAUGAGCGACCCAAUGUGGAGACCAUAAAGUGUGUGGUGGUGGGUGAUAACGCAGUGGGCAAGACCCGGCUAAUCUGUGCCCGUGCCUGCAAUGCCACCCUUACUCAGUACCAGCUGCUUGCCACCCACGUGCCAACUGUCUGGGCCAUCGACCAAUACCGUGUGUGCCAGGAGGUGCUGGAGAGGUCACGAGAUGUGGUGGACGAGGUCAGUGUCUCCCUCAGGCUGUGGGACACAUUUGGAGACCAUCACAAAGACAGACGCUUUGCUUAUGGCAGAUCAGAUGUGGUAGUGCUGUGCUUCUCUUUGGCCAAUCCGAACUCCCUGCGCCAUGUCCGCACGAUGUGGUUCCCUGAGAUUAAGCACUUCUGCCCCCGCACCCCGAUCAUCCUGGUGGGCUGCCAGCUGGACCUGCGCUAUGCUGAUCUGGACGCUGUUAACCGGGCUCGCCGGCCUCUGGCCAAACCCAUCAAACCUACAGACAUCCUGCCCCCAGAACGAGGCCAUGAGGUCGCUAAGGAACUUGGCAUUCCAUACUAUGAAACAAGCAUUGUCGCUCAGUUCGGUGUAAAGGAUGUGUUUGACAAUGCUAUCCGUGCUGCGCUCAUCUCUCGACGCCACCUUCAGUUCUGGAAGUCCCAUUUAAAGAAGGUUCAGCGUCCCCUCCUCCAGGCCCCCUUCCUCCCCCCGAGACCACCACGACCUGUGGUGGGUAUCCCCGAUCCUCCUCCCAUGGAUGGAGAAGGUCCGGACUCUCUUUUCUGCCAGCCGUUGUGUGCAGAUGUCUUGUUUCUCCUCCAGGCUGGGACAACUCGUGUCUUCGCCCACAAGGUGUACCUGGCCACUUCCUGCUCAAAGUUCUAUGACCUUUUCACAAUGGACCUUGGAGCGGCAGGGAUGGAGGAGGGUGAGGAGAGCUCGGAGGGGAGCGAGGAAGAGGAGCAGAGCCGAAGAGGAGCCAAAGAACAGGCUGGGCGUACCAAGAGCCUGGACAUUGAUAAGGAAGGUGAAGGUGACGCUAGGGGUUCAAAUAGGCUGCUCAUGUUGCAGCAGGGCUCACUGAGGACUUCACAGAGUGAUAACGCUCUGCCAGCCAGGGGCCAGUGCUCUCUGGGACCCCUGGGAGCAGGCCGUGCUCUUUUGGGAUGGGGGCGUGGUUUCUUGGGGGUGUACCUGGAGAUGGUGGAUGACCCCAUGACAGGUCGGAUGAGACUCAUGACAGUAGUGUCCAUGGAUGAUCUCAUUCAAAAAGGGCCUUUCCAGGCAGUGCUGCAGUACCUAUACACGGGUCACCUGGAUGAAAAACGUGGGGACCUGAUGCAGGUGGCAACCAUCGCUGAGCUUCUAGAGGUCUUCGACUUGCGUAUGAUGGUGGCCAACGUCCUGAACCAUGAGAGCUUCAUGAACCAGGAGAUCACCAAAGCCUUCCACGUGCGCCGUGCCAACCGCAUCAAAGAGUGUCUAAGCAAGGGCACCUUUGCUGAUGUGGUGUUUCGAUUAGACGACGGAUAUCUGCCAGCCCACAAGCCACUGCUCAUCUCAAGCUGUGAUUGGAUGGCAGCCAUGUUUCGUGGAUCCUUCAAGGAGAGCUACAUUGAGGAGGUGUCUAUCCCCAACACCAGUUGUGCCUGUAUGAGAGCCGUUCUGGAGUUUCUCUACUGUGGUGUGUUGACACCAUGCCCUGAACUGGAGCCAAUGGACCUUAUAAUACUAUCUAACCGCCUCUGUCUUCCCCGCCUUGUGGCUCUAACAGAGCAACAUGCCAUUGAGGAGCUGUUGCAGUUGUCCGUUAAAGGGGUGGACAUUGAUGGACAGGUGCUGGCCUAUCUGGAGAUGGCUCAGUUCCACAAUGCCAAACAGCUCUCUGCCUGGUGUCUGCAUCACAUCUGCACCAACUACAAUAGUGUUUGUCGCAAGUUUCCUAAAGACAUGAAGACUAUGUCUCCUGAAAACCAGAAACACUUUGAGAAGCAUCGCUGGCCCCCUGUUUGGUUCCUGAAGGAGGAAGACCGCUACCUCCGUUCUCAAAAAGAGCGAGAGCGCGAGGAAGAGAUUCUACGCAAGCAGCACACCAAACGGGGUUGGUGCUUCUGGAGACAUCCAUCCUCCUCAGCACCCCACAUUUCCUGAGGGUCUGCCUCCAUCCAUCCAUUCAAACCCCCAAUACCCCUCACCCUCAUUUCAGUCCAGAGGCAUGUAGCCAAGCCUGGGGAGCCCUGUUUUUGCUUCAGUGCGCCCGUCCCGACUGCUAGAAGCGAGCCCGGGGCCUCUUUGCCUCUGAGCUUUUGCCUUCCCUCCCUGUGCUGGGCCUUCGUGGGCUGCCGGCCACAAGAGCUCAGAGCAUGUGUGUCAUUAAACGGGAGAAGGCUUGGAGAAAGUCUUAAAUCUUUCUCACUCUCAAUGUUAAGUGUUCUACUGUGCGAAUGCAACAGGUCUUGUUGCAGCAUCAUGUAGGGAAUGGCAUCAUUACAAUGACCUGCUUUCGCCUCUUAAGACUGUUAUUAUUAUACAAGACCACACACACACACACACUCACACCAGCACCCCGUCUGAGCGCUGGCGCCCGGGCACACGGAUGCUGCAUGGUGCUGCUGUGUUGAGCUUUUCUCUGCGAGACCUAUUUCUGGGAAAACCGUCAUGUCAAAUGCCUACAAGCUGAAAUAUAGCUUAGCUUUGAAUACAACUAGCAACUAAAAUGGCGGCAGGGAUAUAUAUGUUUUUUUGUUUUUUUUUGUUAAAGUAAAGGGGUGGUAAAUGCCCCUGCCUACAUUCUCACUAAAAAUUCAACAUUUUUGAUCUUCCAUUGCCCCAUAUAAUACCAAUUGUGUUGCCUACUGAAGAACUAUUUUUCAGAUCACUUGUCCUGUUACUAGCUUUGUUCAUGUGGUAGAACAGAAAGGGUAUGUAGUUCAAGUCUGUCACUCACAAAAAGGCUCUAUGACAGCACCAAAGACAGACAGACAACUCAAACACAAACGCCUUACCAAAAUCUGCUGAAAUGAAAACUUGACAGCAAGUAAACUACGAAAUUAGGGCUAUUUUUACCACUGCCAGGAGAGUAUUAACAGUCACAACUGUUAUAUGAGAUUCUGUUUAAUUAAGUUUUGUGAUAUGACCACUAGCAAGCUCUUCAACUUGCUUGCCUUUCACCUCCACCACUGGGGGGCGCCCAUGCCUUCUGAGUUUACCUUGCUUUAGAAAGUAUUAGCUUCUCAUUUGUUUGUCAAUCCUGGUCAGAUCUUCACAUCCUUGUGAAAUGCACUCGUUUUUGUAGCACUAAUUCACAAUUUUGGCUAUUGGCGAAGCAAAAAGUAGGUUGUGCUGUUUCCUAUUCCUUCGCCGCUCCCCUCUGUUAUUCCUCUGCUCCUCUACCUCUGCAGUUAGCCAAACUGAGGGAGAAACUAUCAAUCCACUUCCUGUAGUUUUUGAUAUGUUGCAAUGUGACGCUUCACUUUGCACAUUACACAUGCAGGAUUAUAGUCUGCUAAAUGUCACAGCUUUCAACCACUAACCCAUCUCUUUAAGGGACGGUCACAAUAGACUUUGAGCAUGCAAAAUCACUUCAGUUCAUCAAAUAACUAACAAAUAAUAAUUGCAAAAUGUAAGAAUAUACAAUCUACUCCACUCUCAUGUAAUGCAGCAAACCUGCAGAUUUAAAUGGGACCUACAAUUCCCCUUUUACAAGAUGUAAUAUAAGUCUCUGGUGUCCCCAGAAUGUGUCUGUGGAGUUUCAGCUCAAAAUACCCCACAGAUAAUUUAUUAUAGCUUGUCAAAUUUGCCCCUAUUUGGGUGUGAGCAAAAACACGCUGUUUUUGUGUGUGUCCCUUUAAAUGCAAAUGAGCUGAUGUUCCCGGCCCCCUUUCCAGAAGAGGGCGGAUUUUUAACAGCUCGCGCUUCGGUUGCUCAACAACAAAGCAGGAGAAUCUCGCACAGCCAAAAUUACGAUUGUCAGUAAAAGUGUUCAGUUGUCAGUAACCUUACAUUGUUCAAACCAGAGUCGGACAUUGAUGGAGAGACUCAGGAAGAAGUUACAACUUAUAGAAUGCAACUGGACAUUUCAGAAUGGUUAGUGGAUACAUUUAUGCAGUUGCUCGUUGUAGUCCUUACCAGCCGUUUGUUGUAGUCCUUAAAAAGUGAUUUCUGUCAAAGAAAAUAUCUCCCUUUGCAUUGAACUUUGAGCGUUGUAUCUUUGCAGAUGUUGUUUAUGCUCAAACAGCAACAUUACACACUAACUAAAGUUAAAAAAGUGAAAUCAUAAUCAAGGACCCCUUGGUCACACCAUGACAUAUUGGUCUUCUGUUGUUCACACGCCUUCAGACGAUACAAAUUUGAAGGUCAGAGUUCACCAAAUUUAAAUUUUGGGAAGCAGCGAAAUGCAAAACUUCUUUGCUUGCCCUUGCAUUUCCGGUCUCCAGCAUUCGCAUCAGUAUGAAUGGAAGUGAAAGAGAAACUGAAAGUGUAUUGUGACCGCCCCUUUACACAAGUUAACCUGUUUUGACAAUCCUAAUAACAAAAUAUCCUAAUAUAAGCUGUAAAUCAAAAGUAUCUUCCGUUUUUUGAUCGAAAAGCUUUCACUUUUGAACUUUUUCUUUGGAAACAGGUUUUGUGGUUAAACUGACAGUUUGGUUCCUGCUUUCAGAUGUGCAUGCACUGUGAAGCGUCAUUAUCAUCCGUUUGCUAGAGUCUGUCUCGACUGCCUUCCAUCUGAAAACAUGAGUGCCUAUGACAAUGUUACACUUUCCCUUCUACAUUCAAGUAUUUCUUGGUGAAGCAUGUUUGUUUUGCCUGUUCCGUGCCUUUUAACAAAAGUGUUAUUAAUAGCUACUUUGGGAGUGAAUGAGAAAUCAGAGACAUUUUAAGUUUUCCAUGCCACCCUUUUUUUUUAUUUCUGGCUUUCUGAUUCUGCUUCCUCAAGGCUGCACCCUGCUUUUCGCACCAGACGAGCUGAAAUCAUCAACAGCUACAAAAAUAGACACGCAGAGCCAGACAGGCUGAUCUGCACACAAAUAAUAAAUAAAUUACAAAAGAAUAGGGAAAACAGAGAGCAGUCACUUGCCAUCUGUACGCUAUUGUUUUGACAUUCACCUGUAGGAGAACUAUUAUAGGUUCAUCUCAUUAAGAUGCUCUAGUAAUGCCACUUGUGCAGUAGCUAUUUAUAGGGGCAGACAAAUAAAUGAAUGUUUAGAGAUUCCACUAUGCCUAAAGGCUUGAUAAUUAGUAAUGAAUGUAUGACCUUACUAUGAAUUUGCAGACUGGCUCUGCGAUGAAUUAUGUACUCAAUCACAGCUUUUCUGUCUGUCCCUUAAAGUAAAAAAACAUCACCCCAGAUGAGCGCUUCGAGAACACUACAAACAUCAGCAUGCUGUUGGCAUUGAUAGCAUCGUUGCUGUGGUGAUUUUGGGCUUGUUAGCACUUUUUCUUCUUUGACCAUUUUUCUUUUGCACCUUUUUUUUAGAUUUGGUCUGCCUUUGAUGUGCAUGGCAUUGACUGUUUCUAAACUAUAGCUUUUUAAAACAUUUUGUAGCAUGGAACGGUUUCUUCCAUUAAAACGGUGCUCCUUGUGGCCCUACGUAUUUUGUUCUUGCGUUAAAAAAAAUCCUUCAUGCUUACUAUAAGAUUUUUAUGUCGGUUGCUCAAAGUCUUUGUACCUUGUGCUUUAAUCAAAUAGGCCUUGAUUAACUUUGACUUCGAGGACAUGUGGUGUAUGUUUUUCUGUAGUAUUUAGGAGGUUUAGUUGGUUUUAUAUACAGUAUUAGAAAGGUCAAUUUGCCCUUAAAAGGGAUAGUUCACCCAUAAUUUCAUAAUUUACUCACCCUCAAGUUGUUCCAAACCUGUAUAAAUUUCUUUGUAUUGCUGAACACAAAGGAAGAUAUUUGGAAGAAUGUUUGUAACCAAGCAGAUCUCGCCCCCCCCAUUGACUACCAUAGGGGGAAAAAUACUAUGGUAGUCAAUGGGGGGCGAGAUCUGCUUGGUUACAAACAUUCUUCCAAAUAUCUUCCCUUGUGUACAGCAAAUUUGCAAAUUCUGUCAUCUGCUUAACCUCCUGUUUCAGCUGUUUUGUCCAUAUAAUGAAAGUCAAUGGCAUCCAAAACAGCUCAACUCAACUUUAUUAUAUUGACAAAACAAAACAUCUUUUGUCUUCCACAGAAAAAAAUUUUUUUUUGGAACAACACGAGGGUGAGUAAAUAAUGACAGAAUGUUGAUUUUUGGGUGAACUAACCUUUGAAAGUGAGAUCGGUUCAGGCCCUCUACAGUGGCUAACAAAACGAAAGAUCCCUGCUAACAGUAUAACUGCUUGCUAAAUAUGCACUUUAGCUUCAAAUUUGAUACAGACAAUGUUCUUUGUCGAUUUUCUUUCAAUUUAACAAUAGUCUUGAGUGACAAAUUGUACAGUAUUUAUCGGUGCACGUUUACAGGUAAGAUGUGCAUGAUAAUGGUCUAAGCGCUAACUUGUAUGUAAUUAUGAAUAACUGUAGCUUUCGUUACUAAGGAAUUAUCAUGCACUUUUGUCUUAUUGAAAAAAGAAACUAGCCCUGAUUGCAAAAGUCCAUCCAGAUAACUCUCACAGAUCAUUUAGACUAAACAUUUAUCAUGUUCAGUUCAUUAUUAAUGACACAUUAUGGUUGUACAGUAGCUAGUUCUGUUUAUUUAUUAGCAGUACAGCAAGAAACCCGCUUGUUUAGAAGAAUAACGAGAGCACUUGAGAAUUGUGGUUUAUUCUUGUGUUACCGUGCCUUUAAUUGAAGAAAAAAAAAAAAAAAAAAAAAAACAUUUUUUCAAACAUAAGACAUUUUUCUGAAGAGAGGUCACUGCCUUUAGUUUUGAUUAAGGUAAUUGUAGUGCACAAACACAUACACAGUUUAGCUGACAGCCAGCAGACCACUGUAUUGCUCUUUCUGCAUGCCUGUGGCCAGCAUGUAGCAAUACCCUUUGUUCUUCGAGUGAUGUGAAAUAUUUUUAUGCUUUCCCCCCCAACAUUUUGGGUGUUUUCAUCCCUGUUUUCUUGUGCUGAGCCGAGUGAAAAUUGUGCUUGUUGUGAACAGUGAUCAUAACUGGUUUGGAUGCGAGUGAACGUAAACACAUGCACAUUAACAAAGUCAGAGCAGAGGCAUACUUGCGCCCUCUACAGUCAGCAGAAGUUUUUUUUUUUUUUUUUUUUUUUUUUUUUUUAAACAAAGCUAAGGGUCAUAUAAAUUUAUGUAGGGCAGGGGAAUAUGUUACACAACAUGGUUUUUGUAAUAUGAUUUUGGUUUAGGUGUAUUUUUGUAACAUACUAAUACCAGACAGCAGUUAUUGCAGUGAUUGUCUUUUUUUUUUUUUUAAACUGAAUAUUCUCAACAUUUGUAUUAAACUGGAACGGUUAACCACAUCUUAAUGCUUGUAAAAUUAAUAAUCUGACCUCAGGUCAUAGGCAGAGACCACUUCAAGCCCUUGUUAGUGUCUGUGUUUCAACAGGAGGGCUCUCCAACCAGCUUCCUUUCUGUACUAUGAAACCCACCUUCAUCUCUAUGAAAGAAAAGGGCCGUAUUACUUCUCUGAACAACAUCUGUCAAUUAUAGUGGAGCGUUUGCAUUCCCUAUGGCAGACACUGUCUCUCUUUCCAAUUGUGUGGUGAGGUGAACUGUUUAAGUGGUCCUUGCCUUUUUUUUUUUGUCUUCUUGGGGUGAGGUAGGUGUUCGGCUGACCCUUCCCUUGACCUCUCUUCCUCUUUCAAAUCUGUGACUAUUUAAAGCUGUUUUGCACUUUGUGGUUAUCUUUUUAACUUCUUAGUUUGAUUAAUUAUUGUUCUUGUCCUAAACCGAAAAGUUUCUGAUUCUGUAAUUAUUGUCCUUGUUCUGAACCAGAAAAGCACACACAUACACACCAUACACACUACUAAGGGCUUUUAAAAUACAAAAUCAGAAUGUUUUUGCUGCUGUUGCAAAAAAAAGAAGAAAAAAAAGAAAACGUUUUAUUGAAUCGUUUGUAAUAUUUUUGAACAACUGUGAUUUGUAAAAUUUGGAGCAAAAAAGGGGUUGGAAAAGGUUAUUUGUUUCAGUAUUUUAAUGUUUGCUUGGCUUUUAAUAAAACUUAACUGAACUCUUUGAACUCA